AUGGUUGAGACAAAAAGGAAAAAGAAAGAGACAGGGAAAAAUACAAUUGAAAAUUGAGAAAAUCAAAGAGAUGAGAGUGCAGAGAAUCUCAUUCACUUCCAUGCACACACCCCCACCCACCUUAACCUUAUGUAUGUAGAGUUGACUCUCUCCCCAUCCCCCCACCUCUACCUACACACAUAUACAUACACUUCUUUAUAUAUUGUUUGUAUGUAUUAACCCCAAACCCAGAAACUUUGCUCACUAUUACUAUUACUACCCCACCCCCCCCACCCCUACCCUUCUUCCCUGCUCUCACAAAACUCCAACACCCAAACCCGAUUCUGCAACAAACAAUCCCUCUCCCUCACCUCAAACUGCAAACGGAAAACCUCAUUUCAAACCCCUACCCGAUCCCCAUCUCCAUUUCCCUUUUAGAGAAAUAAAAAUCUGAGACGCAUUUGUAUUGUACCUCUAAACAGAGAGAGAUAGAGUGAGAAAGAGAAGGAGAGAAGAGAGAUGUACAAGAACCAGCUUCAGGAGCUGGCGCAGCGGAGCUGCUUCAACCUUCCAUCCUACACCUGUAUAAGGGAGGGCCCAGACCACGCGCCGCGCUUCAAGGCGAUCGUUAACUUCAACGGCGAGAGCUUCGAGAGCCCCCAGUACUGCUCCACUCUCCGCCAGGCCGAGCACUCCGCCGCCGAGGCCGCCCUCAUCUCCCUCUCCUCCCGCGGCCCCUCCCAUUCCCUCGCCGCCCGCAUCCUAGAUGAGACGGGGGUUUACAAAAAUCUGUUGCAGGAGAUUGCACAAAGAGUUGGAUCUCCUUUGCCUCAAUACACGACUUUCAGGUCUGGUUUAGGUCACCUUCCUGUUUUUACAGGAACUGUGGAAUUGGCGGGAAUCACAUUUACGGGAGAACCUGCAAAGAACAAAAAGCAAGCCGAGAAGAACGCUGCCCUGGCUGCUUGGUUGUUGUUAAAACAAUUGGCACAGCAAGAUGCAAACUCUUCAUCAGAACAUGAAAAUAACGAUGAGCAGGAACAGAUCAGAAUAGCAAGGGCAUUGCAGAACUACCGUAUGAAGGAAAAGUCGAAAACGCAAAACUUCAACCGCGUAUCCUUACCAUUUCAGACAAAGUUCCCCCUUCCAACCCCUCGUCCCCCUAGCCCACAGCGCCCAGCAAUGUCCACAUCCAAAAUCCUUCCCUUAUUCUGCCAGAAAACUGCUUCUCGAAACAGGUCCCCAUCUUUGAUAAAUGAUAACCACACUACGCUGCCGCAGCCUUUGCCAUCGACCAGACCAGCGUCACCAGAAUUUCGGGCUACACAUAGGUUUCCUGCCGUCGGGGCUGCUCCUUAUGUCCCGAUGAGUCAUUGUAGGAAACCUUACCAAGGGAAUGCUCCACCCGUUACAAUAAGAACAUCAGUGCCGGUUUUCUCUGCACCACCACUUCCAUCACCUACUACACGGCCCGCACAAGCGAUGCCACCCCGACCAGUACAAGUAGCCCCACCUGUAUGCAUCAGGCAGGCAGUUCCUGUUUUUGCUGCUCCACCUGCCCCAAAAGAAGAUCAGCCAUCUGUCUCUGCCUCUUCUGCACCAUCAAAGAAGUUGUCGGCUGAGGCGGAGGAAACUGCAACCGAGGCCGAUGAAUCUACUGUUGUCAAAUGCCUGGAACAACUUGAGAUGUGAUAAUACUCCCUGAAAUACCUACUUUUACUAGUCGAAUGCAUGCCUUCUUGCUCUUGGUUUUCUUUUCUUGUUUUAGAUGUAGUAUUUUGGUUUGUUGGACGGAAGGUUGGUGGCGGCGGCAUGGCGGCCACGGCGUAAGGAGAGGAGUUAAUGCAGGUGAGGUGUCUGAGCAGUAUCAAAUUGUUUAGUAAUUGAGGAAACCUUGCUUUCAAGAAUGUUAUAUAGAGUUCAUAACAGUUACUA